AUGGCCACUGGGCCAGCGGCGGCGGCAGCGCAUGAUGCAGGGGGCCGCAGCCGCCUCAUCCACCUGCACUUCUACAUGCACGACAUCACGGGCGGGCCGGGGCAGACGGCGGUGCAGGUUGUCAAGGGUCCGGGGCCGGCGCACCCGGCGAUGCCCGGCUACCACUUCGGCGACACCACGGUGAUCAACGACGCCCUGACGGACGGGUCCAGCGCGUCGUCGUCGUGGCUCGUCGGGGGCGCCCAGGGCACCUACACGCUGGCGUCGCUCACGGAGCCCGUGCUGGCGGUGUCCAUGACCGCGGCGCUCACGGGCGGGGCCUACAACGGCAGCACCCUCGCCGUCGUGGGCCGGGACGACGUCUCAGCGGGCGUCAGGGAGCUCGCGGUGGUGUUCUAG